UGUGAGGGCGCGCGGCGGCAGGGCUGGAGCGCGGCGGCGGCGCCAUGGAGGAGCUGGACGUGGAGCCGGCGCUCACUGUGGUGCCGGGGGUGGCGCCGGGCCGCGGGCUGCACUUCCAGUGGGGGCCCGGAGAAAUGCUGGUGUGCGAGGCCGCCUUCCCCGGCGCAGGACACGGGGAGAAAGGGCCUGGCUGCCCCUAUAUUUAUGUCCUUCGCAAGGAUCAGGACAUAUACUUACAUACCUUACGUAAACUUUUCAAUGAAUCCCAUGGCAUCUUUGUGGGGCUCCAGAGGAGUGAGGAAGAACUGUCUGGGAAAUCAAGGAAGGCACAGUUGGUUGGAGUAAGUAAAAACUACCGGUCAGUCAUCAGAGCCUGCAUGGAGGACAUGCAUCAGGUGGCUAUUUCAACUCGGGAUCCUGCCCUGCACAACCAGUAUAGCACUCAGGUCUCUAUUCUCUCUGCAAUGGAACUGAUUUGGAAUCUCUGUGAGAUUCUCUUUGUUGAAGUGGCACCAGCUGGUCACCUCCUGCUUCACCUCCUUGACUGGGUUCGACUUCACGUGUGUGACGUGGACAGUAUGGUCCGUGAAGUUCUGAACAGCGAAAAUCCAUCCAAACAUGAGCUCUUCUGGAAUGUAGUGGACAUUUUUGUGCUUCAAGGCCGGAUGGAGGAUGCCCGCCACUUGCUCUCUAAAGAGGCCGCCGCCAACCCUACGUCGAAGGGCAUGUGCAAAAUACUGGAUGACCUGAUGAAGAAGAUGCCCAUUCUUGGUCUUGGCAACACCCAGACUCUGACAGAGAUGGAACUGAAAUGGCAGCACUGGCAUGAGGAAUGUCAGCGGUACCUGCAGGAUGGAACCUUUGCUUCUAAUUCUCAUAUGGAAUCCAUCUGCAAGAUCCUUCUGGGCGAUGAGAAUGCCAUACUGGAGAAGAAGGAGCUCAUGACUACUUGGUACCACUUCCUGGUGACCCGUCUCUUGUACUCUCAUCCAGCUGUGAAGCCAGUGGAACUCCGCUUCUAUGCCCAGUCAAGCCUGGAUCAGUUCCUGGGAGGAGAGAACAGCCCCGAACCUUUGGACACCAUCCUAAUGGCAGCCUUUGAGUUUGAGAUCCAUCAAGUGAUUAAGGAAUGCAGUAUCGCCCUGAGCAACUGGUGGUUUGUGGCUCAUCUGACUGACCUCCUAGACCACUGCAAGCUCCUGCAGUCUCACAACCUCUACUUUGGCUCGAAUAUGCGGGAAUUCCUCCUUUUGGAGUACGCCUCGGGGCUCUUCUCCCAUCACAGCCUGUGGCAGCUGGGGGUCGAUUAUUUUGACCACUGCUCUGAGUAUGGCAGGGUUUACCUAGAGCUUCACAUUGAGCGGAUCCCCCUGACCACAGAGCAGAAAGCCCUCAAGGUGCUGAGGAUCUGUGAGCAGAGACAGAUGCACGAGCAAGUUCGUAGCAUCUGUAAAAUCAUGGCCAUGAAAGCUCUGCACAACAAUCGCUUGGGCUCAGCCCUGUCCUGGAGCAUCAGAGCCAAGGACGCUGCUUUCGCUACACUCAUAUCAGACAGAUUCCUGAAGGAUUAUUGCGAGAGGGGCAGCUUCUCAGACCUGGACCUCAUUGACAACUUGGGGCCAUCCAUGCUGCUUAGUGAUCGCCUGACCUUUCUUGGGAAGUACCGGGAAUUCCAUCGGUUAUAUGGCGAGAAGCGGUUUUCUGAAGCUGCCAAGUUGCUGUUGAUGCUGAUGACUGCUCAUAUUGCUCCUUGCUCCUUCUGGAUGACUCUGCUCACUGAUGCCCUUCCUUUGCUGGAGCAGAAAGAGGUAAUAUUUUCAGCUGAGCAGACAUAUGAGCUGAUGCGGUGCUUGGAAGACCUGACAGCAGGAAAGCUGGAUAAUCAAAAACUCCAGGAUGACGACAUUGAGACAACCAAGGUGGAAAUGCUGAGACUUGCAUUUGCACGAAACCUUGCCCGAGCCAUUGUGAAAGAGGGCACGUUGGAAGGGUCCUGAGAUCAGGCCAACACAUUAUUUUUAUACUUCCUCUGUUGCAUACUGUACAUAAACUUGAUGGUGUUUCUAAGAGUAAAUGUCUUUUUUUUCACAUG